AUGGCAAUCCCUAAUAUUGUUCGGUCUUGGCUCUAUCAAGGUUUUCAAAUUCCAUCUAUUCUAUUCGGUGUCGUUAUUCUCUAUUACUUGCUCAUGGAUCGAGCACUUCGAAAUGCACUUAACAAUCAUGUUAUUAUUGCCAUGGUCUCUGUUGGUCUUAUCUUGCAAUUUUUCGAUGUUACGGCGCUCACUUACAUCACGCGUACCGGUACUGAAUUAGUAUCCACAAAAGCUUUUUGUCUUGCCUGGGUGUCCAUUCGUUCCAUUGGGUUUCCAGGAGUAAUAAAUCUGGUGGCUUGGGCAUCGAUUGAACGUCAUAUUCUUAUCUUUCAUGCAAAUUUGGUUCGUACAAAAACAAAGCGAUUUUUUUUUCAUUAUCUUCCGUUGGUCAUUUGCAUGAUGAUUCCUGGCGUAUUUUAUAUUACUAUGUACUUCAUUGUACCUUGUUCUAUUACAAUGGAUUACACAAAAGCAUAUUGUGGUUAUUAUUCUUGUGUCACUGUUAAUCCAUCAGUCGCAUUGUAUGAUGCCAUAGUGAAUUACUUGAUUUCUCCAUUUAUCAUUGUAAUAUUCAGUGUGGCUCUUAUUAUACGUGUACUGGUUAGCAAAUGCCGCGCUCGUCAACGAAUUCAAUGGCGUAAUUACAGAAAAAUGGCCAUCCAAUUAUUAUCAAUAUCUUUCCUCUAUAUCGUUCUGUACUGUCCACCAAUUUUCUUAUAUGUUGCUUAUUUGGCUGGCUUAAAACAAAUUGCAGCUAUCAGUUACUAUUCUGAUAGCAACUAUUUUGGUUACUAUGCUAUAACGCUCACUCCUUUUAUAUGUGCUCUCUCAUUGCCUGAACUUCGAAUGAAAUUUAAAAUAUGUUUUCCAUGCUGCCGAAGACGUCGCCCUGCUAUUGGUCCACAAGCAUUGAUGAUGACUCGUCCAACAGCUGGUCCAACAGCCGCAAUAGCAGCAAUUGCUCAAUAA